AAUCAUUACUCGUGAUUCACUAUGCGCAACAUGGAUGCGCGUAAAAUCCACUAUUGACAACAACAAAAAUGCCGUCGGAAGCACCGCUUCUACCAACUCAAACGGAAAAACCGCCCCAUUACAUGUAUCUGAAAGAAUUUAGAACUCAACAGUGUACUCUGUUCCUGCAACACAAGUGCACUCAACACCGGCCAUUCACAUGUUUUCAUUGGCACUUUCUGAAUCAACGGAGACGCCGGCCCGUCCGGAGAAGAGACGGGACCUUCAAUUAUAGUCCGGACAUUUACUGCACCAAGUAUGAUGAGACAACAGGCAUUUGUCCCGAUGGAGAUGAUUGCCCCUUCCUACACCGGACCGCCGGGGAUACAGAGAGAAGAUAUCACUUGAGAUAUUAUAAGACAGGGACUUGUGUGUAUGAGACAGAUCCUCGUGGACAUUGUACAAAAAAUGGCCCUCACUGUGCAUUUGCCCAUGGAACAAUGGAUGUUCGGCCACCAGUUUAUGAUAUUCAUGAGCUUCAAACCAUGGAUGUCCUAGAUAAAGUUUCAACAUCACCUAGCAGUCUAGAGAAGGAAAAAAUAUUAGCCGAAGACCCAAAGUGGAAUGAUACAAAUUAUGUUUUAUCAAAUUACAAAACAGAACAGUGUAAACGACCUCCUAGAUUAUGUAGACAAGGCUAUGCAUGUCCACAGUUUCAUAACUCCAGAGAUCGAAGACGAAGUCCCAAAUCUGUGAAAUACAGAUCAACACCAUGUCCUAACGUGAAGCAUGGAGAUGAGUGGGGGGACCCAGCACUGUGCGAGAGUGGAGAUGGGUGUGCGUACUGCCACACUAGAACAGAACAACAGUUUCAUCCUGAGAUUUACAAGUCCACCAAAUGCAAUGACAUGGUCCAAACUGGUUAUUGCCCAAGAGGACCUUUCUGUGCAUUUGCUCACGUUGAAAAUGAGAUGACAACAGAUCGUGAUAUGACUCCAGCCUCUGAAAAUUCUCUAGCUGCGUUCCUAUCCAAUGUGUUACCUGACACGCCUCCAAGCAAUAGCAACAAGAACGGUGACAAAAAUACUGCAGAAGAAAAUAGCUUUAAAAUAGAGACACUUCUUCAUCAGGAGCAGAAUGGUAAAUCUAUGUUCCAAGGAAAAUUACCUAACCCUAUAGGAAAAGAAAGAGCUAAUAGCAUAUCAUCAAAUCAUAGUAACAGUUAUAUAGGGAGUAGGAGAAAUCACAAUAGCAGCCCACUGUCUGAUCCCAUUGGAAAAGGGUGGUCAGGCAGCAUGUCUAGCAGUAUUGGUUCUGACAUGUCAGGACCGAUGUACCACCCCAAGGCACCGGGGUCUGAACGGGAGGACUUACAGACCAAAUUACGCCUGCAGCUCCAAGCAAUAGAGAAUGACUCAUCGCUGGACAUUGGAGAAAGGGAGAAGAGAAAACAGAACCUCAUCCUCAUCCACAACCUCAACACCAACACCACCAACCACGGUGGUAACAUGGGUGGCAGCGGUGUACCACAGAGUGCCUUUCCGAAUGUCAUGUCACAUCUUCAGUCACGUACACUGGCAACAGGCUCCACCAUGUCCCCUCUGGCUCCUGCAUUCUAUCCUCCUGGAGAUACAGUGGAGUCUGUUAUAGGGAAAGCAUUAGACGAUAUCAGCCUUGAUGACUUUGACAUUAACAACUUAGACAAGGAAUUAGACCGCGAUAAUGACACAAAUUCAGUGAGCAGCUCUUUGAGUGCAGGACUAUCGGCGUCAAGCCUGCUAGGCACGACUUCAGGGCCAAUAGGGAUCCCUCCCAGCACGAUCCAGCAGCGGGGCAGUGUGGGAAGCUUGUCUCAGUCUCCACCCUCCCCCUUUGGGAGCUUCCCCCACUCCAUGAUGCCUCUGCAGGUUCAGAAGCAUGACCACGUCACAGAGCAAGGCAGACAACAGUCGUCUUCUCCGUUCCUUAAUUACUCUAACACGGUGAAGUUGUCCAGUGCAUCCUUCAGCGAUGUCAACUCAAUGUCUCCACGUAGCACAGGUCCACAGUCGCCGAUGUUGUCGUCAUCCUCUCUCACGUGUACACAGAACUCGGAAAUACAGCGACUCCGAGAAGAACUGAUCGUCACAAAGGCCAAGUUGGCGGACUGGGAAGGAGUGUACACACAAGCUAAAUGUGCAUGCGAUGCAUGGAAGAAGGAGGCUGAGGAGUCCAUGAAGAAAGCCAAGGGUGCUGAUGAAGACAAAAUACAGGCUGUGAAACAGAGGGAUGAGUCUUUGACUCAGGUUCAGAGGUUGAAGCAAGAGCUGGAGAGUCUGAAUGGGGGACCCUACUUACGAACGUUACACAGAAUAACAGAUCUAGAAAACUUGUCUCUGCCAGCGUUACGACACAUACGACAGACCUUACAUGUGGAUUUAGAACGGGUAGAUGAGAUAAUUUAUCAACAAACAUCAACAAAGUGCUUAGUUUGUCAGACCAACAAAAGGAACGUGUCCAUUCUCCCGUGUAGUCAUCGAGUGUUGUGUGAGGCUUGUGCCACCAAGACCAGGAACUGUCCAUUCUGUCAUGUUCCCAUUCAGACAACUUCCGUCAACUUCUUGUAAUGUCAACCCAAACUAGAUCAUGUACUUAUUUUAUCUCUAUGUUACAUAAGUUAUCAUUGGGUAAAUAGCAUUUUCUUAACUUCCAGGUGUGAAAUAACUUUAUCAAUGCAAAACCAACUUUGGAAGUCUUGACAGAUUUGUGAUUCUUGUGUUUGGGGAAAUCUCAUGGAUUGUAAUUGGAUGAUAGCCCUUCUAAGAGUUAAUACAUUGAACCACCCAGUGGAAUCUUGCAAUGUGUGUGUAACCAACUGUAGUGCUACUGCCUUGAAUUGAAUCAACUGAAAAGGAAUCCUGUCAGAAAAUUGUUGAUUUUACAUACAGUCAAAUAAGGAGUCAUCUGAUCUGUUAAUUAAAUGGUUUUAUUAUGAUACAUGUAGGAGAGAUAUUAAGAAAAGGGCAAAAUAUGUAUUUACAGACUAUUUAUUGUCUAAAUUAACCAUAUGUUUUCUGUUAAAAUUUUAUUGCCCUCCUAACUUGAUUUUAAUAACUGUCAGUAAAUCCAACAUUUGACACCACUUGCCUCCAGUAAACAGCAGGAUUAUUUCUCUUAGAACUGCACAUGGUGUCUUCUAAUACAUAUAUUUCAGAGAGAUAUAAAUAGCUCUUCUUGUUUUCAAGUUAUCAAUGAUACUUCUGAGAUUGAAUUCUAUUUUGUGGUCAUUAAUGUCAAUGGUUGUAAGCAUGAACUAUUACUGUUUUAUUAGGAAUGUUUAAUAAGGAUUUUUUCAUCAGGGAUGUUUUGGACACUGAAAAGUAAGAAAAGUGACUGUCUCAGAAACUUAAUGUCAAUGACCAGUUUUCAAGACGUCUAUUUUGGAAGAGGAAACAUCUGUGAGGCUCAUAUCCUCCGAGCAGUUGAGGGGCAGUGUGAAUGGUGGUUUGGUUUUCUAACUGACUUAUUCCUCAACUCAGGGAACAAAGCAACUGGAGAGUUGUUAUAAUGAAGUGGAUGAAUUUGACACUGAUCACUAGGGGCGACUGUCAACAUCAUGUUGUUAUUGCAUCUGUAUUGUCAUAAUCAACAACAUUAGGGUGACACUAUUGCAGUUUAAAUAUGACUCUUGCAACAGUAUUGCCAUAGUCUGCAACAAAAAUGGGACAAUGUUGCAGUUUAGGUAUGAUUAUUGCAGUAGUAUUGCCAUAAUCAGCUUCAAGAAUGUGACAAUGUUGCAGCUUAGGUAUGAUUCUUGGAACAGUAUUGCCAUAGUCAGUAAUAAUUAAUGGGACAAUGUUGCAGUUUAAGCAUGAUUAUUGCAAUAGUAUUGCCAGAUUCUGCAAAAUUUUGAAAUACUGUUGCAAUGUAUGUAUAACUUUCACAACUGUGUGCUACAUUAUUGCAAUAAUGCUGUAGUUUUAGGUGUGACUUUUACAAUAUUUUGGCAGUAGUCAGUAACUUUAGGACAAUGCUGUAAUGUUCAGCAGUUUGGCUAUCACCCCUUCAGUUGUGUAAUGUAAAUUUUCUUUGGGUUAACAUGAUAAAUCCUGAAUGGAGGGAAUCAACAGAUUUUUAAAUUAACUGAGGUUCCUCUCAUGAAAAAUGCAUGCACCUAUUCUGAAUGGAAGCAAAGUUUCCCAAUGAGCAAGGUAUAUUUUGGAUGAAAACAGAAGGGGAAAAGUCUUUCUUUAUCCCAUGUUUUAUUGGCCAUCAGUGCAUGUGUCCUUGUAGCAUGGUAUUGAUGUUGACUUUCGUUGUCGCUGCCAUGCGUUGAUGAUCAGCCAUUACACCCCCACUGAUCAUUGUAAAGAUUUCAGGUUGAGUAGUCUGAAGAAACAUUUGAUGUUCUGCACAGCACUUAGAUCCCAGGCAACAGCGGUCAUUGUGCAUGGAAAUAGCAGCCCUUACUAGAUAUCAGCUUGAAGCAGAAGGAAGUCAUGAACAGAUGAUUACUGAAAUUCUUUAAUCUAACACUUAACAGGGCUCCAUUUAAGUAUUUAGAACUUUCACCGGUGCAGCCUGAGACUGCAAAUUGCAACCUCAUCUAUUUAUACCAAAUUGCACCCAGUGCAUAUUAAUGUUGUUCUGUUUUCAGCUGGAAAAAAGUGAUAACAAACCGGUGUGCAAUUUUAAGUAAGAUCAAAUGAUUUUAUUAGACCCAGAAUAACAAUGUUCUAAAUCAUCUAUGCCAAAACACAAGCAUUGUGUCUGAUUUUAGAUUGAGCUGCAAGUGCAACCUGUUUUGUCUGGUGCAACAAAGUUAUUAACUAAUGUUGCUCCAGGUGCAAAAAGGUCAUUGAUACAGGUUGCUCCUGGUGCAAGUGGGUUUUAUUUCUUUGAAUUGAGCUGUGCUAAGUAAGAAGAAGCAUUAAAUUCCAUAACAAUGCUCGGACUCCCUGGUAACAAUUCCCAAAAUUAGCCACAGUAAAAGCAGAGCCUUUGUUCUGUCAUUGUCCACAGAUACAAAUAUUCUAUAUUCAGUGUACAGUUCAAUUGUUUAAAGUAUGUAUUAUGCACUUCUAGUUCAACCGAUGAUCUUAAGAUGGGUAGGUCAUGAUGACUUAAUGCAUACAUAAAGCAUGAAGGUUUGGAUUAGUAGAACAGGAGCAGACAUUUACUUUUGCCAACUUCUUCAUUUUUCUUUUCAUAAAAGAAGAUAUAAACUGAUUAUUCUUUGGGUAUUGGAUUGUUUAGUUUUAGCAGUAAUAAACAAGGUAUUCACUUGUUGCUGAGAAAUUUUUCUAGAUUACAUUCAACCUUGAAAUUGAGUUCCAUAUGAUACAGCAGACUUUUGUUUAAGUUGUCUACUAACAUCAAAUGAAAAUUCAUAAUGCAGUGUGUCAUAAACCAGUCUAGAAGAAUAUUUGAAUUCUAGUAUGAAAUGUUGUUAACAGUAGUGCUGCUUGAGUGUUUUCUGCCUUAUUUAGAGAUUUUACCAAGUGUUUCCAUGCUGUUUAUGUGGUAAAGUACCUAGUAAAUUCUCAUCUGUACAUAGAAAUGACAUAAGAAGGGAAGUAACUCUAGUCUCAACUGCAGUCAGUGGGCUGCAGAUAUUGUGCACAUUGCGAGACAUUGUUUGUGCAUGUUUCUUUUAUUGUGAAACACAGUAAUCAGCUGGUCUGAAAAAGAAUAAGAAAUAUGCAAGCAUUUGAACUAAUACAAUUUCUUUGUGAGUCUUACAUAAAGGACUUUCACAAACAUUUAUUAACAUUUAUGAUUUGCGGAUUUGACAUGUAGUGGAUGUAAAUAUGAACAUCUUUCCAAUAUGCCCGUUUUCUGUGAUGAUCAAAGAGUAGAGAGUUUGGUAACAGCAACUUUGUGAAACUGUAUUUUGUAGGGUGUAAAUACGUCUUAUAGAUUCUAUGGCGCUUGACUGUAAGAAUUCAUCUGAGUAUUUCCUAUAAUUUACUAUUACACAUAAUGAUCACCUUUACAAGUAAGGAGGUAAAUCCUUCUGUUUGAUGUCAAAAUGGAUUCACUUUUGGCAAGGCCAGACCAUUUUAAAUAAUCACAAUAAUACAAUGGGGUACACUUAUGAUAUGCCAAACUAUCCUUGAAGCAACUCAAAGUGCUACAUUUACGCUACAUUAGACAGUGGAUCUGUGUUCUCUCCAUUCAUCCUGUGCUCCCUAGGGAGUAUACAACCCCCAAGAGACAAUGCCAUAUGAAAUAAUGCCAAAUUACCCAGGCCAAAAAGAGCAUGUUGUCAUACAGGUGUUUCAUUGCUUUGUUUGGGGUUGACAAAUAAAUGAUACCAUAGUGAUCAUGAACAAGUCUGUCAUUAAUAUUAAACAAGCAUUGCUUGCAGAAAUUUUCACAAAUGCGUGUUUAUGAAAAAUAGUCUGUAAAUAACAAAUAGUUAAAGAGGUUCAAUUCCCAGGCCAUCUUAUUAUAGCAUUUGCAGGUGCAGUGGUAAAAUAAACUUUAGAUAUAAUAGUUAAGUCAUUAAGAAUCAAAAUCUGUUUGUACAAAUAUGCAACAACUAAAUGACCUGACAAAUUUCUCAAUGUCUAGAUUUCACAACACUUUGGUGUUUAAAUUUGAUUCAAGCAAUUUAAAUUAGUGAAGUAAGACAAGCUCAAAGUAAGGCGAUAAUGGCAGCAGUAUAUACACGUAGUAUAUACAAGCAUUGUACAAACCCCAUAGGCUCUGAAAGUAGUCCUCAUGACCGGCAUGUAUGUUAUUGAACAAGAAAUGCUUUCAUGUCAAAGAAAAACAUGAGUGCCAGGUCUCUGUUUGAAAUGAAGAUGCUUUCAAUCAGAGACUUCUUUGUUUAGUUUGUAGUUUCUACUUUGGCAACAGCUGGGGCAAGGAACUAAAAUGGUCUGGCCUAUGAUGUCCAAAAAUAUCUGUAACUUUCAACUUUCUUCAGAAUGUAAUGUUCAUAUCAAUGAAGAAUUUUAAACAGCACCUUAUUUAAUCAAAAUUUGUAAAACAAGAUGUUUUAUUAACAUUUCAGUAUUACUGUUCAUAAAUGUGUAGAAGUAAUAGUCAGACCAUUACUUAUAUAAUUUAGUGUAUAUAUUUGUCUUAACCGUGAACCCAGUACUGAUGUGGAAUGGCGUAACAUAUCCUAUGGAACAUUUUUUCCUAAGAAACAACUACUCCUCUACAUCCGUGUUCAGUAAUGUGAGAUAUUUCUGAUGAGUGUUAUAUUUUUAAUAGCAUUUACCGAUGAAGAAGACGGAAAUUCUGGGAUGAAGACAAACUGGUUGCUGGGCACUAACGUUUGUGUGUUGUGGCACUCCCAAAACUUGAGAGGCUUUUACCAUGAUGUAUAUUGUCACAAGAUUGAAAUAUUGCUUAUCAUGGUGAACACUUUACUUAAAUAUUUAGUUCUUUUUGUAAAUUAAUUAUUUACAAAUGUUUUCAGUAAUAUUCUUCCCUAUUGUGUGUGUCAUAUGUAUAUUACAUUGUUACUGUUUAGAAUCUUCUCUUGUGUGAUAAACACUGUUAGUGCUAUUUGGCAUUGUGCAUAUUUCAUGUCAGGGUUUCAGUUCUAAUGGAUUCUGCAGGUGUUUUUUUCUUUGUAUGAGUUGCUAUCUGUGUUAAUAUCCAGCUUUGUUGGUAUGAUUACUUCACUCUUUGAAUUCUGUUGGUUCACAGAAUUGUUAGUUGACAUGGUUUAAAGUCAUGAAAACAAUUUGAAAAAUUGAUGCAUUGAGCCGAAACAAGGGCUUAGAACGAUGACUGCAUAACAUAGAGUGCUAAUUGUUUGAUCAGCAUUCUAGAAGUUGGUGAGUCAAAAUUGAAGGAUACAACUUUCAGGAUGACAACUUCUUGUUGAUUGCAUUGAGCACGUUUUGAUGUAGAUUCUCACAUGUUAUCAAAAGACUUUUAGCUUGAUAGCGGUGUAAGAAUCUACAUUGAAACGUUGCUCGAUGCAAUAAACAAGAAGUUGUCAUCCCUAAAGGUGUAUGCUUCAUACAGAGUGCUAUUUGAUUAUGUCGGUGAAAUUGUUUGAAUAUGUACCUAGUUACUCACACAUAAGUCGUUUUGAUUAUUUGACUUCACUGAUGCUUUCAUUACUUUGUUCACCCAAAGUGUUUGAGGUUUGUGUAAACAAUGUAGCAAUGUGAUGUUAUUCUUCAACUCAUCAAUACCUUGGAGAUGUUAAACUGUCAAAACAACAUGACUGAUAUGUUUCUUUGGAAAUUAUGAUCUGCUUUGUAUUGGACUUGAAUUUGUUUUACGUGUUGUUUUGUAAUGAUAAGGUAAUUAGUCAGUGGUGACCUUGUUUACAUCUAAGACAAGUAUCCUUUGAUGGCAUAUUAUGUUUCGAGCUACAAGCAUUUAAACUAUCUUAAGGUCAGCCACUGAUUACUUCUGAAAAUGAAAUUCAUCCGAGCUGUGAAGACUGAACAUUUAUGCCCCGAUAUAAUUGGACCCAGUAUUUGUACAAGUAAUCUUAUUUGUUUUGAAUGGUAUAUCAGUUGAGAUAACUUAUGCUUCAUUAUGUUUCUCUGGAAGGAAAUCUAUCUUGAAAAGGAUUUCAGAGGCGACAUUUUCUGGAAGUGCAAUGGCCUGGUUUCUUUGUCAAUUUUGGAACAUGUUGUUAUCUUUUGUUGAAUAGCAGAGUGAUUUAUUUUACUAUUGUUGGUGGUGCAAAACGCAUUUGUCAGAUACUGAUAUUUAAAAGGCUUAACCAUCAACUAACUGUAAGUUUGUGUAAGUGAAGAUAACAAAGCAGAUGAGACAAUAUUUUAUCUUUAUUACUAUGUUUUAAUAGCUUUGUUGUAGAUUUCUUAUCUGUACUGUAAUGGAUUGUUUCUUUGACAUUACACUUCAUGAAAACAUCAUUUUUGUCAUGUUUAAUUAGGCUUGAGUAUAUUAUUUAUUUGAUUACCAUCCAUGUUUCCUGAAACAGGAUUGAGACAAAGUAUUUCUGUCAUGGACAGACCAAUAACACAGGAAUGGUAGUUUGGCAAAAUUUACUUGGAAAUUAUUUGGAGCUGUGAAGACAGCAUAAGAAAUCGAAAAAUCUGGAAGGAUUAUAAUCUAAUUGAUAAUUUAUGCUGGCCUGAUAUUAAAAAGAAUUAUGAAAUGUUUUUACUGUUUGCCAAGGCUUAUAGUAGGUAGCUUCAUGCACAGCACACCUGGUAUGUUUAAGUCUGUUUCCGUAGCUUUGGCUAUAACAAUGGUGUUAUCCUGCAAUUUUCAUCAACAGUUAUAUUUUGGGGGAAAUACUUGAAAACAAUUAGUUCAUCCUUAAUCACAGUAAUAAGGUCAAUGUUUAUUUUGAUAGUAACUGUUGGGAUAAUAUUUUGUAUCCCUCAUGCUACAAAUGGUUAUUUAGUUUUUGUCUGCCUGUCACAAGGCAGAUCUACAUCCACAAGGCAUGAGCAAGAGCUUGAGAGAUGCUGUACAUAGCCUGACUGGUCCUGUAUAUAGGGUAUGCAAGGACAGAACGUGAGAGCGAGCGUGAGUGUGAUGUGGAGAGUGAGUUGCUGGCAUGUAGAGGGCGCUGUAGCCACUUGCUAGACGUAAUAUGUGAGUCUCUAGACAUUUGUGAUAUGUUCAUCUAGGGAGAAGGAGAAGGAUUUGCCAGACAACUGGCGGAGAACUCAUCUUUGUAACACUUUGAAAAUAAUGAUUGACAUAAAAAAAUCAUUAUCACUG